GAAAGCUAUUCUGGAGCUGCAGAUCUCCAAAAUGCUGUUCCCAUCUCAGCAGCCUCUGGGGUUGGUGUGUGGGGCCAUUGGCCCCGGGGACCAUGCUCAACCACUUUGGCAAAGGAUGGGGUCUGUCUCAAUUGCAGACCAAGCCAGGCGCUGCCGUCUGUCCUGCAGGUGUGUGGCUCUGGCUGCUGCCUUGCCCACGGCUGAGGCUGCUGCACCCAUGCGUGGUCUGGAUCCACUGACCCCUUCUGCUCAGUGUAAGGGAUCCCUUGCACAGGGCAGGGGAUAUUUGUGCUGGGGGCAAAUGGGAUCUGAACGCCUGGAGGUGAGCGGGCUGGAGGUGCCUGUAUGGAGUGAGGGCUGCCUGGGCACGGCGCUUUGUCUCAGCCACAGAGCUGGUGUACAGGACACGUACAGUGGGAACAGCCUGGGCAAGGCAGGCUGAGCUAUCAAUGCAGCCAGGGCAGCACCACAGUGGAGCUGGGGGCCCGUGCCUUCAGCCACCCUCAGCACCAGCAGCACCAGCAGGGCAGGGCUGGGCAGCACCGGGCAGCAGUGGGUGGCAGGGUGUGGGAUUCAGCAGGAUGUCAGCCCUUCUGUGCAGAGCGGAGAGCUGCGGGCAGAGAGGGGCUGUGGCCAGAGAGGGAACUUACUCCUGUGAGAAGCAGAAGUGAAAAGCGUGCAGAAGUGAAAGAAGAGCCCAGAGCUGUUUCCUACAUCAUCCACUCCCUGCAGAGUGCCCCUCGGCACCCAGCAGUGCGGGCAUGGAGCCCCUCUCCUUCCAGGAAUACAUCUGCUCCCUGGACCCCGCCACCCUUCCCCGCAUCCUCAGGAUAUGCUCUGGUGUCUACUUCCAAGGGUCCGUAUAUGAGAUCUCUGGCAAUGAGUGCUGCCUGUCAACUGGGGACCUGCUGAAAGUCACGGCUGUCACGCUGCAGAAGGUUGUCUGUGAGAACGUGCAGACAGGGCAGAAGACAGAGCUGCCACCGACAUUUAAGGGUCUUUUCCAGCCCUCCCCAGCUGCACCGCCGUGCUUUACACCAGAGGGACCCUCCCAGAAGGACAGCAGGCAGAAGGGCCUGACCCUGCACCAGGCACUGGAGCAGAGCGGCAGGCAGACGCAGCCCCUGCUGUGCCCCGCCAUCAGCCCCCACGCCUUGCUCCUGAGCCCUGUCUACGAGGUGCAGGCUACCAUGCACCUGCGAAGGGACCAGGUGAAGAUCCCCUCCACGCUGGAGGUGGAUGUGGAGGACGUGACACAGGAGUCGCAAGACGUGCACUUCGCCCAGCCGCUGCUGCUGAGCGAGCUGCUGGGGAUGGAGGAGGUGCUGCCAGCCCAGGCCGAGAUCCUGGAGGGGCCCCACGGCUCCACCAUCUUCGAGAGCUCCUGGGUCUCCCGCCUGCAGAAGGGGCAGCGGCUGCAGAUCCAUGGCUGCUCCCACACCUGGAGGGUGCUGGCCUCGGCCCGCAGCAGCACCCGCCGCUUCCUCCUCUCCAGCGCCUACCAGGGCCGGUUCCGCCGGCGGCCUCGGCAGUUUGCCGGGGUGCAGGAGCUGGCGGCCGGCCUGCAGCCGGGCCAGCGGCUGCGCGUGGUGGUGACGCAGGACUGCGAGGGCCGUGGGGACGACGUGCCCCCACUCAGCGUGGGCGACCGGCUGGAGGCCUGGCAGCUGCUGCAGACUGCGGGCGGCACCUCGCUCCUGUGCCAGCGCCGCAGCGAGGAGGAGGAUGAUGAGGAGGAGGAGGAGGAGGGCGAGGAGCUCCUGCUGCCUCUGGACCUGGGGGGCAGCUUCGUGGAGGAGGUGUGCGACAGCAAGAAGUACAGGCUGGCGGAGCUGCUGGAACGGCUGACGCUGCCGUGUGACGUGCGGGUGGCGGCCACGGACCCGGCGCUGGAGCGGGACGUGCUGGGCUCCUUCUCCUCCCUGCGGCUGGAGGCCCGCAUCUCCCAGCCCUUCCUGGUCAGCAGCUUCUGCGAGGAGCCGGACGAGGGCUUUGAGAUCCCGCCCCAGUGGCUGGACCUCUCCCUCAUCCUCACCGAGGAGCCCGUUGGCAGCCAGGCGCCAUCCACGCACCGCUCCCAUGUGGAGGAGCUGACCGAGGCCUUCUACUACCAGCUGCUGGCACAGCUGCCGGGCGGCUCAGCCCCUCCACCCCCGCGGCCCCCCAAGCCGAAGGCGGCCAAUGGGAAGGCACAGGCACGCACGGGCCGUACCCAGGGGCAGAGGGACCAGGCACACUCCAGAGGAAGGCACCCUCCAGCCCCCCCGCACCCCACCAGCCCCAAGGCCGUCCAAGCUCCUUCACUGCCCGAGAAGGCAAAAAGCCUCUCCAUCCAGCGGAGCACCCCCAACAAGUACAGCCCGUGCCCCCGCAAGCCAGCAGCCCCCCAGCUCCACGGCGUUCCUGGGGAUACAGAUGUGAACAGCAGCAGUGAUGAACACGAUUACGAAACCAUUGAAAGUGGCAUUCAAAAGACAAUUCACAAAAUGCAGGCUAUUUUUCCUUUUUAAUCCUCCGGUUUCCGAAGCUGCCUAGACUCCAAUUAUUCUUAAACCUUAUCUUAAAUUAAGGCUAUUAAACAAAGGCUGAAUACAACCUCAGGGACUCACAGCACGACCUCUGUCUGCCUCAGUUGUGCAGAUAUGUGCCCACUUUCCUCAAAUGCAAGCAGCUCACAAGCCUGAGGAGCAGCCACACGGGCAGAACAAAUCCUCGCUGCUCUGCUGUGGCUGACUGUCAUGCUGCAGAUCGUGUCCUCAGGCCGUUGCCUGUGGGACUCUCCAAUUGCAUCAGAGCAGCAUACAGUUGGGCAACCAUCCUGGGAACUGUGUAGCCACCAAGGUGUCAUUGAGAUGCCAGCCAAGGCUCCAGGACGUAUCUCACCCUGCUCCUCUACUUUAACAUCACCCACACACUUUUAGCAUAGCUUGGUUGGAUGUGCCAUGCUCAUCAUUAUUUCAGACUGAAAAGCUCUAAGACUUUCUCCUCCGUUGUGGUCACUUUGCUGGAAUCUACAAGAUGCCACCGGUGGCUUUCCCUACAUGCCCUACCCCUACCAGGCAGUGCACCACCGGUCACCAGGAGCACCGACACAGGGCAAUUUCUGGUCCUACCUGCUUUACACUAGAAGCAGGUACAAAUCAGAGCUGGAAAAUAAAUUUUGUAUUUCAUUUAUU